AUGCCUCUGCUAACAGCCGAAACAUUCAGCUUACAGUUUAACAACCGGCCUUGCUACCCCAAGAGGACAUACUUGUGUUACCAGCUGAUGCCACAGAAUGGCUCCACUCCUACCAGAGGCUACUUUAAAAACAAGAACAAUCGCCAUGCAGAAAUUUGCUUUAUUGACAAGAUUGAGUCCAUGGGACUGGACAAAACCCAGUGCUACGAAGUCACCUGUUACCUCACGUGGAGCCCCUGUCCCUCCUGUGCCCAGAAGCUGGUUGCCUUCGCCAAGGCUCAAGUCCAUCUGAACCUGCGCAUCUUCGCCUCCCGCCUGUACUACCACUGGCUCUUGAGCUGCAAGAAGGGGCUGCAGCUUCUGUGGCAAUCCCAGAUCCCCGUGGAGGUCAUGGGCCUCCCAGAGUUUACUGACUGCUGGGAAAACUUUGUGGAUCACGGGAAACCGCCUCCCUUCAACCCCUCUGAGAAGUUACAGGAGCUAGGUGAAAGAAGUCGGUCCAUAAAGAGACGGCUGGAGAAGAUAAAGAUUCUAGGGGUACAUGUGCAGGAUUGUUACAUGGAUAUACUGUGUGAUGCUGAGGUUUGAGUCACCCCAUCUACUGGAACAUAGCAUCCAAUAGGUAGUUUUUCAACCCUGGCCCCCCUCCUGCCCCCACUUCUUUUGGGGUCCCGUGUCUAUUAUUUCCAUCUUUAUGUCCAUUUGUACCCCUUACCAUAUACAAAAAUUAACUCGGCUUGGACGUGGUAACUCAUGCCUGUAAUCUCAACAUUUUGGGAGGCUGAGGCGGGUGGAUCACAAGGUCAGGAGUUCGAGACCAGCCUGGCCAACAUGGCGAAACCCCAUCUCUACUAAAAAUACAAAAAUUAGCUGGGUAUGGUGGUGGGUGCCUAUCAUCGCAGCUCCUUGGGAGGCUGAGGCAGGAGAAUUGCUUGAAUCUGGGAGGUGGAGGUUGCAGUGAACCGAUAUUGCACCACUGCACUCCAGCCUGAGUGACAGAGCAAGACUCCAUCCCGAAAAAGGAAAAAAAUUAACUUGAGACGUGUGGGGCAUGAUGACUCAUGCCUGUAAUCCCAGCACUUCAGGAGGCCAAGGUGGGUGGAUUGCUUGAGCCCAGGAGUUCAAGACCAGCCUGGGCAACAUGGCAAAUCCACAUCUCCACAAAAAUACGAAAAUCAGCAAGACAUGGUGGCAUGUACCCAUGGUCUCAGCUGUUCGGGAGGGUGAGGUGGGAUGAUCGAGUGAGCUCUGGGAGGUGAAGGCUGUAGUGAGCCGAGAUCAUGCCACUGCACUACUGCAGCCUGGGCAACAGAGUGAGACUUCGCUGUUUUUUUUUUUUUUUUUGGAAAAAGGGCUGGGUGUGGUGGCUCACGCCUGUAAUCCCGACACUUUGGGAGGCCAAGGCAGGCGGAUCACCUGAGGUCAGGAGUUCGAGACAAGGCUGACCAACAUGGAGAAACCCUGUCUCUACUAAAAAUACAAAAUUAACCGGGCAUGGUGGCACAUACCCAUAAUCCCAGCUACUCAGGAGGCUCAGGCAGGAGAAUUGCUUGAACCUAGGAGGUGGAGGUUGUGAUGAGCCAAGAUUAGGCCAUUGCACUCCAGCCUGGGGAACAAGAGCAAAACUCCAUCUCAAAAAAAAAAAAAUUAACCCAAGUGAAUUAAAGAUGUAACUGUAAGACCUCAAACUAUAAAAAUCUUAGAAAAAGGCUGGGUGUGGUGGCUCACACGUGUAAUCUCAGCACUUUGCGAGGCGGAGUCAGGCGGAUCACAAGGUCAGGAGACUGAGACCAGCCUGACCAACAUGGUGAAACCCUGUCUUUACUAAAAAAAAAAUACAAAAAAUUAGCCAGGUGUAGUGGUACGUACCUGUAAUCAGAGCUACUCAGGAGGCUGAAGCAGAAGAAUCACUUGAACCCGGGAGGCAGAGGUUGCGGUGAGCGGAGAUUGCACCAUCGCACUCCAGCCUGGGGGACAGAGCGAGACUCUGUCUCAAAAAAAAAAAAAUCUUAGAAGAAAACCUGGGAAAUAUGAAAUACUCUGCUGGACACUCGUCUAUGCAAAGUAUUUAUGACUAAAUUCUGAAAAGCAAAUGCAACCAAACCAGACGUUGGCAAUUGCGAUCUAAUUAAAUGGAGCUCCUACAGAGCAAAAGAAACCAUCAACAGAGGAAACAGACAGUCUCCCUUGCCUAAGAUGCUCUCGUCACCCUCCUGUUUUUCUCCAGGCCUUCCCGGCCCUUCUGGUGCCAGUCCUUUUCUCUUCCUAGAGAUCUCAUCCUCACAGCUCACUCCUUCCUCCCUGUGUUGUCUUACAGUUGGUGCCUCCUAACUUCUCUC